CUGUGGUACGAUACAGGUAUGAAAUAUGAAAAAGAGAAUGAAGAGGAAUUAAAAGACAAAAUUGACUUUGAAAAGGAGACACCUCCACAUUAUCCUCCAAAUGUGGAAAGACCCAAUUUUGGAUGUCGCACUUUGAUGAUGCGCCAUUUCUCAAAGAUCCUGCCAGGGUUGAUGCGUGAUGUGUUGGACUGGGUGGUGGAGACACGUAUCAAGUCUGCCUCACUACUGUACACCCUGCUAAUCAAUACAGAAGACUAUGUGACGCAGCAUCUGGAGCCACUUCUCACUGGCAUGUACCGUGCCUCAGUGGACGAGGAGAAGAGUGUCGUCGCUAAUAUAAGGAAGUCAUCAACAUUAGUUGGAUAUUUUGUGGCUCCGGAUAUAUGGUCCAAACUUGUGUUCAAAGCAGUGAAGACGACCCAGUCUUUUGGCUGUGUCCUUGUCCUGGGUGGAGUUAUCAAAGGCACAGAGCGUGCUUUGCUCCUCCCGUACCUCGACAAUGUGUGUGAUGUCAUUUUGACUCCAGAUGUGUGUAAUACCGUGCAAGUACAGAUGCACGUGGAACUGUUAUCUUGUGUGGAGGGAAUACUGACGGUUGCCCAGGAUGAUGCUGGACCUGUCAGUCAGAAACUCUUCAAUCUUCUCCUUACCAUUCUUGCUCAGGCUCAAAACCAAGAGACAGCUGACAAGGUCUACCAGCUACUGGAUGAGCUAUGUAAAAUCCAGACCCUGGAAUCCAGAACACAACUCUUCAGUCGCCAUACCCGACCCCUUCUUCUCACCUUUACAGAGACUUUUGGCAUGUGGAACCUUCAUUCAGUGGAAAGACAGAUCUUUGACACUUUAGUCCUAGAAGCAGGGCCUGUGAUUGGUGACCUUCUUGGUGACAUCAUACCAGUGAUGGUAUCUAACCUAAAUCCUGAGAAAGACCCUGAGGUGAGACUGAAAUUCUUUUCACUACUGUCCAAGCUAGUGAUGUCCUCAUCCACCACCAUUGACUCACAGAACAAGUUUGGGGACUUUUCUGCCAUCGUUGUAAAGGACAUGGUAAUUCCCAACUGUGUGUGGAGUGCAGGACGAACAGCAGGAGCCAUCAGGACAACAGCUGUUUCUUGUAUGUGGGCACUGCUUCAAAGUGGUCUGCUUACACAGGAAAAGCUGGCUCCGGUUGUGGAGGAUCUCCUCACUCAGAUGAUCACAGCAAUGGAUGACAGCAAUAAGAGUACACGUCUCAUUGCCUGCCGAGUGAUGACAAGACUGUUUGAGCUCAGUGGCCCAUCUCUGGAACUAGACCGCCUUCACAACAUGUAUCCAGAGCUAUUGAAACGCUUGGAUGACAGUGAUGAUGAGAUACGCAUCACAGUGGCAAAGACAUGGCUCGGGUACCUUGGGAGCUUUGAUGGCCGCUAUGAUGCUGCCAUGUACAAGGCCCAUGUGGAGGCCAUUUAUAAGGGACUUCUCGUCCAUUUAGAUGACCCAGAUGCCAGGAUACAGAAGGCCAUUCUAGAGGUAUUGAGUUCAGCUGCGAGCCUGAUCCCAAACAUGUUGAUAGGAGCCAUCGAGGACAUCAAACAUAAACAUCGGUCACAGCACUACUGUGAGGAACUCUUAUCCUACACAAAAACACUUAUCACAUCAUCUUAAUCACAACAGCAUGUUUCAUUACCAUAAAAUUCAUUAUUUCUUGGAAUAUUGUGGUUGCAAUAUUAUUUAUUUUGUAAUAAAUUUGUGAAAACAU